ACAGGACUAUAGAUGGCAAAUAAAAAAGAUAACAAAGUCAUAUGACCAUACACAAGCGUAUACCUUUUCCGGAAGUGUUUAAUAUAGAAAUAUGACGAAACUUGAAGAUUUCGGCAGAAUGUGUCUUAUGUUUCUUUUGUUAUUACUGUUAAUGCUGGGAUACUCAGAAGCUAUAAUAUGCUACCAAUGUGCCGAUUCCAAGGCUUUCGGAGACUGCCAGUCUAACAUGGACCUGUUUAGGAAGUCUGUGAUGACGUACCUGGAGGCCAAUGAAACUAUUGGCGGGGGACAGGACAGAGGUUACCUAAAAAACUGCACAUCUACCUGGGGAGACUACUGUGUCAUAGAAAAUUACCAAGAAAGAGUGACAGGUGAAACGUUUUCCUUUAUUCGAGGGUGUUCUGAAGGACAAAACGACAUAUCAGUGAAAGGAUUUCGAAAAUUUUCCACCGACAACCAGACGAGUUGCACGUACUAUCCGGACUCGCAGGACCAUCUCCUUGCUUGUGUCACGUGGUGCAAUACCAGCUUCUGUAACGGUCCCAUACUAAUGUCUGAAGAAGAGGUGAACAAACUAGCGGUAGAAAUUAACACCAGUUGUCGUCCACUGUUGAAUACAAUACUAAUAAUGAUUCAUUUACUGACAAUAGCAAUACAUAGAUAUAUGUGACUCGCAUUUGUUUAAAUCACCACUGUACUGGAAUCUCUAAAUAAUAUUUCAUCAACUUGCCUAUGAAAGUAGUGUUUUAACCUAAUUGCAAAAUGAGAUAAAAUUUAUGGAAAUAACUUAAUUAACAAAUCAAUUGUAAUAGAUGUCAAAUUUCUGUGAAUUUCAAAAAAUUAACAAAUCAUGCCAAGGCUACUUCAAAUAUAAACCUCUCAUUUUGAAAUACAUGCUUACUUACAAAAUCGAAAGUUCCAACUGUUAAGAUGCAAAUUCACAGAAAAGGAUACUGUAACUUAUUCAACUUUUAUAAA